UGCCCCGCCUCCGUCACGACAUAUCUGUGCUCCCGUUGGCCAACAACUGAAGCCCCGCCCACACCACGACUGUCCUCGCUGUGCUCUCGCCUUCUGCCGGACAUCGGACCGCCUACUGGAGAGAGAACAAAAACAUCCUUACACAGUUCAGCAUAAACAGGGAGACAUAAACCGAAUUUAGACAGUUAACGUCUACCUCCUAUUACCGACAACCUCAGCGGCAGGGAGACAUGGUUUCACCGGUAACUGUGGUCAAGAGUGAAGGCCCUAAACUGGUGCCAUUCUUCAAGUCAACAUGUGUCUACUUUGUCCUGUGGCUGCCCACCUCAAGCCCGUCCUGGUUCAGCGCCCUGAUCAAAUGUCUGCCCAUCUUCUGCUUGUGGGUCUUUUUACUGGCACAUGGUUUUAGCUUCCUAGGUGCCCACUCUAAUGCCCGCAAGAUCUUGGCUGGCCUCAUCUUUUCUGCUCUGGGUGAUGCCUUUCUCAUCUGGCAGGAGCAGGGCUACUUCAGCCACGGUCUUCUAAUGUUUGCCAUCACCCACGUCCUCUACUCGUCUGCCUUUGGGAUGAAACCACUUAAUGUGCGCGCUGGUCUCGUGAUCAGUGCUGUGUCCUCUGUGACCUACGUCCUGCUGUACCCCUACCUGUCUGGCCCCUUCACCUACCUGGUGGCUGUCUACGUUGCUCUGAUUGGUUUCAUGGGCUGGAGGGCCAUCGCCGGUCUGCAGCUGGCCAACGACCUGUGGACCUGGACCAAGUUGUCCGCCUGCCUGGGCGCCGUGCUCUUCAUGGUCUCUGACCUCACCAUCGCCGUCAACAAGUUCUGCUUCCCCGUGCCUUAUUCGCGCGCCAUCAUCAUGGCCACCUAUUACGCCGCACAGAUGCUGAUAGCGCUGUCGGCCGUCGAGUGCCAGGACGCGGAGGUUGCCAGGAAGAGAACGUGAGGUAGUAAGGUCUCUGUAUGACCAGCCACAAGGCUGGAAAGGUGGCAGUUAAUCCCCUUAAACCCAGAGUGAUCAUGGACACAUCUCACUGCCUCAUGCCCAGCCCUUUUAGCCCGUAUCUCAGGCUAUGUUCAGACUGCAGGCAAAUUGGAUUUUUUUCUCAAAUCAAAUCUUUUCACACAGACUAUCCGCACAAUCAGAUUUGUAUGUCCAGAGGUGCAGCAUCUCACUCGCCAAAACAAUUGCCCUGACAAUUCACAUAGCUGAACUCCUCUGUUGCACAAGAAAAAGCCUCAGCAAUGGAGAAGACUGGCAGCACUUCUGUCAUUGGCUUUUUGGCAUUUUGUGACGCACUAAGAGUGAUGCAAAAGACAAUUUGAAAUCCGAUUUUAGCAGUCAGAGCACAUCUGCAGAAAUCAGAUUCGAAUUGCACUUUGAACCACCUCCAAAUAUGGUUUGAAUCAUAUUUGUUUUUUUACUGUCCAGACUUUCAAAAACCACUCGAGAUGAAAUCUGAAUAUGCAAGUCUGGCAGUCUGAACAAGGCCUCACUGUGGCACUUCCACACCUUUGUUACCAUGGUGACUGGUCUACUACAGCCUUUACAUGACCCUUCUAUAUCACUACUAUAUAUGUCUCACACUCACACUUGUCUUCUUACCACGGAGAUAGUGUUGUAUUAUCUUCAGUCUCUCCCAACAACAGUCCUACCUGCUUCAUUUGAAUCUAGAAUUGUUAUCUCUCAACCUAGUUACAGUGGAGAGUGUAGUAAUAUUAACCUACCACACACACACACACUUUAGAAAGCGUACUAUAUUAAUUUAAACUGUUGCUCUGGAUCAUGUCACUGGGGACCUUGAAAAAGUGUAUGUGUGAGAGAGUGGAUUUAUUUUAUGUGUGAUUGACUGAAUUUUUUUUUUUUUACCUCACUUUCCACAUCCUCUCACAUACCGUCUGCCCCAUUCAGUCAGACUGUGACCACAUGUGUCCCUCAAUCAUCUCCAAAUGUGGUCUUUCUGAUACAUUGGGUGUUAGUUGUGUAAUUAUUGCUUUCCAUUUAUGAUGCCAUCACUAAGGAUGGAUCUUAAGACCAGGUCUCAAUAGAGUCAUAUAGUCACCUCGUUUAUUUCAUCUGGUCCAAUCAUACAUUUGAAUAUUUUACUUUUGUCAUUUGUUUAGUUUUCCUGAGACCUUUUUAGAACUUUUUUUAACAGGCUUACCCUCGUCUCUCCUCUGUCAUUCUCAUCUUCACACUAAGUGGCAGCCUGUAGCGACGCCACCUGUAAGAAUCUGAACUGAAGCAUCAAGCUUUGGCAAUUUUAACCUCACCACCAUGUUGAGCUAUUGCAACCAGGAGUAAAAAUUAGGCACAUUUUAAUCAGCGGCCAGUGGGUUUGCCCCCUGGUGGCUAUUCAAUAUAUUUUUAUUUCUUGUUUGUCAUCAUAGAGUAAACCACUUUUUGUCUAUGGCCUGUGAUCAACUCACAUGUGGUCCCUUACAUUUCCUUAACAACAACAACCACACUGCCUCACCAUUUAACAUUUUCUCUCUGGAAAUCUUUUUUUUUUUUUUAAGUUAGCUUAUCCUUGAGUGACUAGAUGUACAAGAGAAGAA